CCCGGUCGAUUUUCUCAUCUUUCCUAUUGCUUUUUCGAUUUGGUGUGCUUUCAACCAAGUUCCCGGCUGUAUCAUUGGUGCAACGAACAUUCAUACGCACGAAAGCGAGCACACUUGGUUGAGAUACCCUUAAUAUUGGAUAUGUGCUGAGAUUUGAGUAUCUGGGCUUCUGGGAGUUUUAUGACAACAAUAUCCCGAUAUUUGCUCACACGACGAUGCGGAUCGAUGCCUCGAGAUUCGGGAUCCUGGCCUCUCUAAUAGGGUUGGUGGGAGCGGAAGACCAUGCCUCCCGUACCACCGAUGGAGCCAUGCCGGCCCCGACCGGCGGGACGGGAACGGCGACGAUGGGUUCUUCUCCGAACUCAGUAAUUCAGGUGCAGAAUCUUCCGACGCCCGCCAUAUAUAAGCCGCAAGCAACGGACCAGAUCAUCUAUUUUAGUAAGGGGCAAGGUAUCAGCGAGUUGAAUAUUAGUGCUAUCUACCUAAAGCGGUUUAAGGAUAAGAUUACCGUUGCGAUGGGAAAGAUGAGCGGCACGAGCCAGACAGGUAUUACGGCGGGCUCUUUCUUGGAUGGACAGCUAGUAGCAGAAAGACAAGACCAGUUUCCACCAAGCUUUUUCCCGGCAACCAAUGAAAGCUUGACUCUUAUGCUUACGGGCGAUCUUACGAUUACCUACGGCGAUAACCUUAUGCAGCCUUUAUACUACGAGAUUCAAUGGGAGAAUACCACAUCUAGUGGUAGCAGUUAUAGUCCUGUCCUUGCCGUUACUUACAGCGAAGGAUACAGCGAGGCUAGCCGUCUUAUUAAAAAUACCGGAAAGGAGUCAAGUCCGGCAUUUCAGGAGGAUAUCGAAGGGUCUUCCAGCAACCCAGAAAGUUCCGGGGCAUCGACUGUUACGGCGACGCCCGCUGCUGAAACUUCUAUCCAACAGGCUUCGGAGGUGUCUCCCGGUCAUCGAGGGCUAAGUACGGGCGCUAUUAUAGGUAUCGCGGUGGGCUGUGCUGUUGCGGUUAUCAUUAUUGUUGUGGCCUUGGUAUGGUUCUUUUGUCUACGGCGCCGCAACAGCAGCGAGCGCGUUGGUGGCACGGAUUGCACAGAGGCCUCAGGUUCGCACGCCAUGAUCGCGGAUAAAGGGGCAAUCAACGUGUCGGAAUCGUCACCACGCUCAGCAUUCCCAGCCGAUCAUAGCGGACGCUUACACGACCAACGCGACAGUAUAGUGCGCCCUGACGACGCGUCUUAUGCGCCCUACUCGGACCGUGCGUCUUCACCGCCAUUGCCUCCGGGAGCGGCGUUUGCUACGAAUAGCCAGUCAGACCUAGCAUCCGCCGGUCGUCCCAGUACAACAACACCUCCGUUCCAGACCCGCUACGCGCAUCUGAUCGAAGAAGGUAUGACGGAGGAAGAGAUCCGAAGGCUGGAGGAAGAGGAGCGACACCUAGACGCGGCAAUCGAAGACGCGGGACGAAAUAGCCGUGCGGCGCACCAACCGUGACAAUGGCAAGCACCAAUAGCGUAGUGAUGUUCUCAGCAAUGCCUGAUGUUUUUUUCAAGCGGUAUUGGAGUUCUAAUGGGUCUUAUAUCAUGCUAAUUUUAUGUGUAUGUGGUGGAUGUGAGAAUACGUAGGAGUAAGAGCAAGAGCAAGAGCAAGAGCAAGAGCAAGGAAAAUUACCCCCUUAUGCGUAUAUAUGACUUUAUACUUUCGUUACUCCUAUAUACCCCGUGUAGCAAGUAGAAGGGAAGGGCUUUUUGUAUGGGCUGGACUGAGGAACGAUGUAAUAUGUCCGUUCCGCGAGGGUUAAGAUAGGUGGUGAGCUGGUGCGAGAGCUUUAAGUCUAACUGGCUUGUAUAGGUAUAUAUACAUACAUAUAUACAUAUGCGAAUCUAUUGGAUUAAUCAAUUUUGUAUGGGACAGUAAUUGGGGAUAUAAACGGCUUUGGAUGUUAGAGGUCGUAUAUAUUGCCACGCGAUUAGCCUCCUUUUAAGCCGUAGUUGCACCUGUGCGGCACGAUAAGUAGACGCGACGAUAUAGAUGUUAAUAUGGUUGAUAUGAUAGGAACCCUGAAUGAGAUUAUAGUGUUAGUUAAUUAAACUUGUAGUUAUUGUAUAACAGAACGAGAAAGGGUCUGACAGUAUAGCAUCUUUACUCUCGAUUGCAACUGUGGAAGGCUAGAGUU